AUGGAUUUCACUCAUUUCGCCCGGGCGCUACCACCAUGCCAGCCCGAUAUUCCAGAAGACGUUGCGAAUCGACGAAUGUUCGCCUGGAUCACCACAACUUUGGUACUUGUUCUAGCAGUUGUUUCUUAUGGUGCUCGUAUUUGGGCUAGAAAGAAGUCAUACCAACCGCUAAAAUGGGAUGACUUCUUGAUGGGCCUGGGGCUGCUCAUUACUUUUGAGCCUGCCAUUUGCGAGUAUCUUCUUAUGGCGAAUGGCCUCGGCCAUCAUGUUUGCAACGUUCCUGCCGAUCAAAGGCAGCGCUUCCUCCAUAUUACAUUCGCACUUCAACGAGCCAACCAGCCGGCUCUUCUCUGCAUCAAACUUUCAAUUCUAGCCUUCUACAUGCGUCUCUUUCCCUCGAAGAGGUUCGGAUAUUUUGUUUGGGCUAAUGUUGCAUACACCAUUAUCUGGGCAGUCGUGUCAUGGGUAGUUAAUCUAACAGUUUGCUCUCCUAUUGCAUACUAUUAUGACAAGACAAUAAAGGGAGGGACUUGCAGGAACCAAGUCAUCAGCGGCACGGCCAAUGGCGCUUUCUCUCUACUUGGCGAUGUCUUUAUUCUGGCCUUGCCUCUUCCCAUCAUUUGGGGCCUUCAAGUAAAUAUGCGACGUAGAAUUGCUUUGAUCGGUAUCUUCUUACUUGGCACUCUGUCUUGUGUUAGCAGCGCUAUCCGCAUUGCCGCCCUCGUUAACUUCACUCCGCUUGAUGGCACCUACAGCCAAGUCUAUGCAUCCGGUUGGACCUUUAUGGAAAUGGGAUUCGCGGUCAUCGGUGGCAACCUUCCUCUCCUCAAGCCUCUUUUCGAGUCUUUCUUCCGUCUAUCAACUGGCAGCACCAACAAGAGCAAGAGCAACAGCAGCUUUCCCACCAAUGGAUCGCUUUCCGGUCCAAACGUCAGCGGCAAGAGUCGGAAAUUUACUUCCUCCAAGCGCGAUCAUCUCGAUGCCGAUGGAUUUGAGCGUAUUAGCGAUGAUGGCAGUGCUGGGAACACGCAACCAAACAGCAUACGGGAUAUUGAGUUGGGUGACAGGACAAUAUUGGUCAAAAAGGAUGUGACAAUCACAACGGAUCCAGCUAGGCCAGAACACGAAAAGGAGUUUGUCAACAGGAUACAGUCCUUCAGGCAUUAA